AUGGGCUGCCAUACCGACUUGGCGGGGAACUCCUCCUGUGGCUUUCACUACUCCGGGCUACCAUGCCCGCUAGAAUCAUCAAGAAAACGGCAUAACGCCCCUUAUGCUGUCGCUUUCGACACCACUCUCUUUGCAUCAUUAACUCUCAUCGACCAACCCUCUCGCCCAUUCAUACGUCAAGUGCCGCCAGAUUGCCCAUUCCUCGCCUUGCCAGGAGAGAUCCGAAAUCGCAUCUAUCGCUUCGCUUUGGUGGCAAUCAGACCUUUCACUGUGCAGCUUCAAUGGAAUAGACCUCGAGAUACGGCGCUGCUUCGGGUCAAUAAGCAGAUAUUUGAUGAGGCGUCGAGUAUUUUCUACGCUGAGAAUGUAUUCAGAUUCCCAGAAGCAUUGUUCGUGGGAGCGCCGAUUCUUCCGCAAUUGCAGACGCUCUACCGUGUCUCGAGGGCGAAGUUGAAGAUGAUGAGGCAUAUUGUCCUCGAGGUACCGGUGUACGGCCUCAACUCCAACUUUCGCUUUCGCAUCCAGACUGCAUUCAACCUUCGACAUCUGACCGAAUUCCUGGCUUGUUCCCCAAACGUGAAAGUGCAACUGCGGUUUGGAUAUGUGUGGGGAGAGAACGGCCGCGAUCUCGGACCAAAUGGAUGUGCAUAUCAGGACGCAUCCGAAGUUUAUGGACGAGUGGGUUGA